UAAAAACAAAAUAGCAAAUUUGGGUCCAUUUAGUAUGAGUCUAUUCAGCUUAGCUAAAAGACUUCCACAAAAACAAAUUUGCUUUAGCCAAACUCUUCCUUAUCUUCCUUAUACACCUUACAAAUUUUAACACACUGCUCAGCUUUGUCCUUUGAAAGCUCUAAACUGUUAUGUUAUUUCACAAAAUAAAACAAACAAACUGAAAGAGAGAAAAAAAAAAAAGUAUGGCUACCAUGACUUCUUUACAAUAUUAUGGGAUGCCAUCCCCCAACUUCCAGCAGAAAAGGCAGCAUUUACCAAACAGUGUGCUCUACUGCAUUACCAAUUCAAAAGGCAUGAUCAAGCAGUCCUCGAGAAGCCGAAAUGGGAUGCAAAGGAGAGCUGUGAGUGUAGUCAGGUGUAGUAGUAGUGGAAUUGGGAUAGUAGAUUUCAUAGGAGGUGAUCUUCUGAAGCCUGAUAUAGGAAAAUGGUUAUCAGAUGUGGAGGAGCAUAAGGCCCUUGCUAUAUACACCCCACAUGAAGGUGGUUAUGAGGGCCGGUACUUGAACCGCCUUACUCGUCUAGGCUAUCAUUUUCUCGAUGUCUCAGCUCGUGGACUUGGAGAUCCGGAAUCCACCCUCACCAAGAUUCACCCUGUCUGCCCUCCUCAUGUUGGGAAGCAACCCAUAGCAAGGUGGUGGUUUCCUCCGGAAGUUGAUUAUAGACUCGAGGCUCUUCCUUCUGAUGCUAAGGGCCUUGUUGUCUGGGUCAUUGAAGCCAAGGUUCUUUCUAAAUCAGAGCUGCAAUUUCUGGCACUGCUUCCAUCUCUUCGACCCAAAGUCCGAGUUAUAGCAGAGUGUGGCAAUUGGAGAAAAUUCAUGUGGAAGCCGCUGAAGGAGAUUGCAGGACUAGCCCCUCUACAGGAAGUGUGACAGGCGAUACUGUAAGGAAAUUACAGCUGAUCUUGAGAACUCUUAAGAAAUUAAUAGUUUCUUACUUUCUUUCACUCUAAUAGCAGUGUCAAAAUGUUUGUGAUUAAUUGUACAGCAUUGUAAAAUGUAUGGGAUAACAGGUGAAAGUAAAAAGGCGACUGAAAUAAUGCUUUGUGUAUACAGAACAGAAUUAAGAUCA